AUGCCUGUCUCUGGACUUUCCGUUAACCCGGAAUGCGUUUCGGCUUUCAAUGAACUCAAACUCGGCCGAGGCGGUCCGAAAUACAUCAUCUACAAGAUCUCCGAUGACCAGAAGGAAAUCGUGGUAGAUGAGACGGGCACAGAACAAGACUACGACGCUUUCAGAGAGAAGCUCAUUGCGAAAAAGGAAAAGACCGGCAAGGACAGACCAUCUUAUGCCGUCUACGACGUCGAAUUUGAGCUCGAGGGUGGCGAGGGCAAGAGAUCCAAGAUUGCAUUCAUCACAUACAUCAAUCAAGAUGCGACAGGCGUCAAGUCUCGCAUGGUCUACGCGAGCUCCCGUGAGACUCUGAAGAACGCCCUCAACGGAAUCGCCAUGAACUGGCAAGCCAACGACCCGGGUGAGUUGGAAUGGGCCGACUUGCUCAAGGAAGCAAGCAAGGGCAAGGGAACGAUCUAA